AUGACCUUGCGCGCCGUGGCUGUCGCUACACCGAAAACUGUCAUAAAGAACAUCUUCAAUAUGGUCUAUGAAGUCCAACACGAGCCCUGGAGGAGCACUUACAUCGCUCUGCAGUCAGCAUUGACUUACUUCUUCCUCAUGCCAUUAUGGGCACUUUCCUCCAUACCUCGAAUCGUGCGUCCUAGGCCGUCUUGGUCGGCUCAGAAGACGUUCCUUCUGAGCUAUGCUCGUCAUUGGUCCGUCGUUGGACCUGUUGUUGAACGAGUUGGUCAAAUCACCAAAGUGCCUGACCAUCGCGCGAUAUCAGAUGCUCCGAGCGUCAAGAGCGUCUGGCUCGAGCCUACUCCACGACUCCUUGUCGGCGACGUCGCACGCUGGGCGGAGCAAGCCGACGUCCGCCCUAUCAGUAUUCCAGGGUAUUGGUAUGACAAAGACGGCUGCGAUACGCCAAUCGGUGCGCCCCCGGAAGAAGGCGAAAAGGUUGUUCUCUAUUUUCAUGGCAGUGCCUUCAUUGUCCUAUCCGCACAUCCUCACACCAUGACGGGGCCAUGUGUCCCUGCGGUUCUGCGUCAUUCUCCUGCGAAGCGCGGACUCGCGGUAGAAUACCGACUCACAGGUCCCGCGUCGUAUGCCAAUCCAUUCCCCGCGGCGCUCAUAGACUGUAUCGCAGGAUACCACUACCUCAUUGAUGUAGUUGGCUUCGCACCAGAGAACAUCAUACUACUCGGCGACUCUGCGGGCUGCAAUCUUGCUCUUGCGCUGGCACGGUACAUCGUUGACAAUAUCGCUGAGCUUUCAACUCGUAUGAAGCUGCCGCCGACGCCCCCUUCUUACUCCAUGGUGCUCCUAUCGCCGUGGUGCGACCUCGGCACGUCGCACGAGACCCCUGGAUCCUCCGCGCUCACUUUCUGGUACGACUAUCUGGCCGACCUACGUACGGGGCUUAUGGGCGCUGCACGCCGCGCGUAUACCCACCAGCUCCCUCCCAACGCUCCCGAAAUCAACCCCUACAUCUCCCCCGCAUCGCUACAUCCAGGUUGUCAUGCGUCAUUUAAAGGCUUUCCGCGGACGUUCAUCGACGUCGGUACUGCCGAGAGAUUCCUGGACAUGUCUCACACACUGGCACAAAAGAUGAAGAGAGAUUUAGGAGACGCGAACGUAGUAUACCGAGAGGCGCAGGACGCAGUGCACUGCUAUAUGUAUUUGCCCUUUGAGGCGGAGGAGGCUGCCAAGUCGAUGAAGGCGCUCGAGGCAUUCUUGGAGUAG